AUGCAGCCGCCGGCGCUGCCGCGACUCCUGCUGGGGCCGCUGCUGGUGUUGCUGGUGCUGCUGGAGGCCGCCGGCUGCGGGGAGGCUGCGGCCCCGCGGCCCCGAGACGCCGCCACCGCUUCCCUGCGCCCCACGGAGGAGGCCGGUGGUGCCGCCACGCGGAGCAGCAGCAGCAGCAGCAGCAGCAGCCGCCUGGCCGAGGUGUCAGCGCCGCCCGAGCAGGGCCAGCCCAUGACCCAGCGCGCCCUGUCCGUGCUGGUGCUGGCCAGUGCCGCCCUUAUCGUCUACUUCGUCAUCCGGACCGUGCGGCUCAGAAGGCAAAACAGAAAAACCCGAAGAUAUGGAGUUUUGGAUACAAACAUAGAAAAUAUGGAGCUGACCCCAUUAGAACAAGAUGAUGAUGAUGAUGAUACGCUAUUUGAUGCCAGCCAUCCUCGAAGAGAAGUACGUGCCUUUCAGUGAAAGAACUUAAUCUUAGAACCAGAGAAGGAGACUGCUUCAUGGGAGAAAUAAGAAGCAAGAGGGUAUGCGAGUGGGGGGAACUAAUUUAAUUUGUGUAUUUUAUGGCAUCCUUAAUAUCUUGCAAUAAGUAAUGUAUCAAUUUGUUGUAUCUUUUUUGUAUAUAGAGAUUCUCAAUGUAUAGCCUAUGGGGAGAGAAUACUAACUGCACUAAGAUAAAAAACCUAUUUGGAAGGGAGAUUACUUGUAAAACAGGCUGUUUUUUGCUUGUUACAAAUCUUGUAUGCCAUUAAGUAUGGUAUACACUUUUUUUCUACAGUAACCUGGAAUGUUAAUUUUUCCUUCUGAUAUUAAAUUGUAAAUAAAUAUAGCCACAGUGGACUUCUCUGAAUUGUUUGAACUUGAUUUUAAUUGAGGAGAUGAUUUAUUGUUUACCAAUAAAAAGCCAAACUACUGCCUUCUGUGUUGAGAAUUUAAAAAGCUGAAUUAACAUGUUUUGUGUAAACUUCAGUGAAAAAAUAAAAUGUGUUUACAGUGUUCCUAGCAUUUACUGUGAUACUCCAACAUUAUACAUUUUAAGGAUACUUGAGAUAUUAAUAUAAUUAUGUAAAACAUGGUAUUGCAACAUCUUCUUGCUGUUAAGACUCCCGAUUGCAACUGUUGAGUUAAUUUUUCUUGAGGUCUGUCUUCAGCUUGUGUGAGCAGAUGUGGUUCAGUGACUAGGGUGUUGCGGUGUAAUCCACAUGUUGUCAGUAUUCAGACCUGUAGUGAAACAGGGAUUAGCCUUUGGAAAAAUUCUAAAUGUUCUGUAACUCUAAAAUGAAACAUUGGCAUCAGAAGCAGCUGUUGCUGAAAUGUGUGGUAAUACUCACAUGAAUGUAGUUGACAUACAGCAGUUAUAUUUAUUUUUGUCUAGGCCCACAAAAAUUAUUAGAACAGUCUUUAAAACCUGGAAGAUAUAUGUUUUUUAAUGUGUUGCAGUUUCCACUGUAACUUUGAUAAUGUAGACAAAAAUGUUAAAAUUCUAGUUUAUAAUUAAUGUAUAUUUGUUGCUAAUUCCAUAUAUCCAUAAAUAUCAAGGCAUAAAGUUGCUACAGCAGUAUUGCUGGGUGUGACUGUAUCCUCAAAGUGCCAAAGUUGUGGGCUACAGAGAAAGGGGAAUAAUUUUUCCUGAUUCUUCAUCCUCUUGGUGUUUGAACAAAAUUGGAAUACUUUUCUUUGAGGUUAUUCCUACAGUGACUGGGUGGGGAGGGAGUCUGCUGUAGAUUUUCUUUACCUCUACUGGCUGAUUUGUUAUGUUGAAACCUUUUUGAUAUAGUAACAGCUCAGAUGAGGUCAAAUCAGCCUCCCAGGGUCAUUUUUACCUAUGGCCGGUGAUGUGCCACACACAGCUGGGAAAUAGAUUGUAUUUACAAUAAACACAAGUCUUUAUUUUG